UGUCUAUCCUGUAAGGAUUAGAAGCGCCAUGCGACGUGUCGUAUACAUUGAAAUAUGUAUAGGAAACUCGCAGCGGCAGUCAGUACGUAUGAAACGUUUGACGGCGCAAGUUGGAACGCGGUGGGAGAGCACGGUGAUCAACGUGGGGGUUGAAAGGUGGUGGGGGAUCAGUCGGUAGGAGCGGGUUUAACGCGAAGAAGCAAGGGUCCAAGCGCGUAUAUACCGGUACUAAUCGCACGUUUGGGCAAACACGCGUUUCGAGCUGUUACGAACGUUACAUUCACUGGUCGUACCUCCCAACGUGUCUCGUUCGCCGCGAUGAUUCCGUCUAAUUUGCGAGUGUGCCGCCAGAGCACGCGACCGGCCGAAUGGCUUACGUAAGUUGCGCGGUAACGUCGAUUGCUCCCGAGUUGUAAAUCGCACGGGCUUCUUUUUUAACCGCACCGUGAGUACACCAACAGAUACGACAAGGUGACGACGACCUUUUCGCAUCCGGACUUCCCGCGAGUAUAUCACCCCAUGACGGAGCUCGACACUCUGUCGUUUCUUUCUACGAAAACGUAACAGGAGUAGCCGGCUCUUGGUUAUUCAGGCUCGACGGAUACUCGGGACGGCGUUGUUUCUCCCGUUUUAAGCCGAUUCUACGACAUAGUGCGGCGUUAAAAAUCGAACGUCGAGCCGUUCGAAUAUUCGCACGUACAAAGGGGAACGAAUUUCGAAGGAUAAAGUGUGUCGUGCACGAAAUACGAACUCUGUGACCCAGAAACGACUCGAAGCGGUAACUUUGUCGUCAGUGUAGACAAAAUCUGCCGACGGUGCCAAGAAAAAAACGAACAGGGGACCGAGGAAUGCGAGCAUUGUUUUUUCAGCGUGCUAUGCGUGAACUAGGGAGACCUUUGGGUUCGGAAACCCUCCGUCGUGUCGAGAUCUCGACGAUGGCAAUUACGAAAUUCGCGCCACGAAUUCGAACGAACGCCUUCUUCCUUUGAACCGUCUACGAAAGUCACGUUUCGAUCACGGAUUACACCUGGAUACGGAAUUUCCGAUAUUCGUUGGGCAAGUUUGACGGUGACGGAUCGAGAAGACAAUUAUCGACGAUACUUAACCUAACCCUUUGACUACGAAGACGCGCGCUGUGCGCGGGAGGCUUUCACGCGUGUUAAGUACACGUACACAUCGAACGCUCAAAGGCACUUGCGACGGUUGGAAACUGACAACUCCAGCGUCGAUUCAAAAAGUAAGAAUGUAUAAUAAACUUUAUUUCGGUGCGAGAAGAAACGUCGAAUCGGGGUUGAAUGUUAAGAAAAAUUGUGUCUGAAGUGGUUAAUUACGAUAAUACGAAACGAAAAGAGGCGAGAGUGAAACGCAGCGGUGGUCCCUAUUGGCGACAACGCUCGGUGACCGUAGAAAGUAUUUGAUGGAGUUUCGCAUCUACAACUCGUUUGACUCGUGGCCGAAGACACGACAACGUUCGAGCGUCCCGUCUAUAAAGCGUGUAGUCGAGGACCGCCGUGGAGUUGACGCACUGUCCGCGAUCGUUGCGUGAUAUCUCGUGUUUUUUGGAACACGCGGUCGGAGUGUAUUCUCGGUCGCGUCUCGUGCUCGGAAUUCACGGCGAUUUUUCACGGGGCCUACAUUGAAUCGAGCGUGCGUCGUAAGUGCUUGUGAAGGUAAAAACAAAGUGUGGUGGGUUGAUCACGCGGUGAAGAUGGAGGAUACAGGGGCGAAAAUCACGCCGGGAGCCAGCGUGUCCGUGUUGGUGCUGGCGAGCACGCUGUUUCUCGCCGGAGUCAUCCUCGUAAUCGGUUACAUCGUUAGCCGGUUGUCACGUUCCAACCGAUCUGCGGAUUCGAUGAAAAAUGCCACAGAAUCGGAAAAAGUGAAAUUCGAGGAUUCGAGGGACACGACGUGCGGUUCGUCUGGGACGGGAACCGGAGGUGGCGUGAGCAGCAACAAACGCGCCAAGAACAAGAAGAGACGCGAAGCGCAGCAGGAGUUCACGCAUUCCUGGAUGGUGGGUGCGUUGAAGGGUCACACUGCGCCUGUCCUCGACAUGAAUUUCUCCAGCAACGGCAAGUUCCUCGCAAGCUGUGCCGAAGAUUGCGGCCUGCGGCCGGAAGAGGAGGUCCUGGACCCUGGGGAGACCGAUCGGUACGGGUGCAAGGUGAACCGCGAGCCACCGCCGUCGAAGACGCCUGGGAGCAAGAACAAGUCGCCGUCAGCGGCGUCGUCGACGGCUAACGCCGGGACUGGGACGACGUCCGCGGCAUCGACGGCGCCGUCGACGAAGGAGGAUCGCGCCAUCCUGAGUAGGAGACAACGGAAGAACCGCACCAGGGGGCCGCGGGACCAGCGUCGCGAGUUGCGCGACGACGAGCACGAGGACGAGCAACCCGCGCAACAGCAACAACGGCAUCGUCGACACCACCUCUGUCGGCCGCAGCACUAUCAGAACAGUCCCACGAGAAGUUCGGACCCCAACGGAAUACCAGCCGGGACUGGACGGAACGCGUCCAGGAGGAAUCAGUCGCAGAACGAUUCCCACCGCGAGGAGAGCAAGAACAACAGCGUAGCCGGCAGCGGAGCGAACAACAGCUCCAGAAAAUCCCGCGUUAUAUGCCUCAGCAGCCAGAGGAAGGAACUCCACCAUCUCAGCGACGCGGCGCUGGCAUCCCUGCUCCGCAGAUAUACUUUGACCGGGGAGCAGCUGGCUCACCUGGGUUACCCUGUGGAGUGCAGCUACUUUCCAGGUUACGCGGUCAUCAUCAACCAUCAUCAGCACCCCAUGGGCCACAGAGCGAGGGGAUAUCAUCAUCUGGAUGCUAACGCGCGGGAAUUCGUCCCUGGUAGCGGAACCAGCUCCUGGACGAUGGUGGAGAGCGAGGCUGACAGCGGGAAUUGCAGCGGGAGCUCUCUGGACAGCUCGGACCUCGAGCAGGAGAGCUCGUCGGACAGCGAUAAGAGCUCCGAUAUAGGUGAGUCGUCCUCGUCUUCGAGCUACGAGGAGAAAUCCAGAAGAGACUCGACGCCUGACCCCUACGAGCUAGUGGUGGUCGCGAGAAGGUGCGCCAGGUGCUUCAAGAGCUUCUACGUGAACCGCGAAGACGGCGAGUACAUGCACGAAGAGCGGUGCGUCUACCAUUGGGGCAAAUUGCGUAGCGGGCUGGUGGAUGGCUCGCACGGAGACACGUGGGAGUGCUGCAGGAGCCGAGAGACAGCCGGAGGCUGCACCACUGCCAGAAUGCACGUGUGGACUGGCCUGGCGCCAGGGUACAACGGCCCGUUCGAGGGCUACGUUCGCACCAGACCCGCCAGAACCGUCCCGAAGGACGGCAACUACGGAGUGUACGCGCUGGACUGCGAAAUGUGCUUCACGAGACGAGGCCUGGAGCUCGCCAAGGUCACGGUGGUCGGCAUGGACGGGAAAGUGGUCUACGACACCUUGGUGAAGCCCGACGCGGAGGUGAUCGACCACAACACCAGAUUCAGCGGCAUCACCGCGAAGGAUCUGUCCAGGGCGACGAAGAUGCUCAUGGACGUGCAGAAGGACCUGACCAGCUUCGUUCACGCCGAGACCAUACUCAUAGGCCACGGGUUGGAGAACGAUCUCAGGGCGCUUAGGAUACUCCACACGACGGUAAUCGACACGUGCGUCGCGUUUCCUCACUUCCUCGGCUAUCCUUUCCGUAGCAGUCUGAAGACCCUGGCGAGAACCGUGCUGCGAAAAGAGAUCCAAGUAACGGAGCACGACUCCGUGGAGGACGCCAGGAUCGCGGUGGAUCUUAUGCUUCGUAGGCUGCAGCACGACCUCUCGUAGGGUCGUCUGCCGGAGGAUCACGGUGGACAGAACGAAGAAGGUACUGCUUGGGUAACAGGAGGCGACCGCAGUGAACGAACUGUCGGAGAUCUCGAGACGAAAUUGUUGAAAACUGUGCGCGGAUGGAAUCUCUGUAAGGGUUCUGGGACGCUGAAACGCUAGCGUCGCUUUCGUCGAGCCUGCGAUCAACGCGCGGUGUCGCGAGGUCUUUCUUUUCUCUCUCUCUCUCUCUCUCUCUCUCUCUCUCUCUCUCUCUCCGUUUCGUCGUCGACGGAAAGGCGCUAACGAGAAUAGAUCUCCUGGGAUGGGCCACGCUGAUCCGCGCGCAACUCCUCCCGUCAGUGUUCAGUUCCAAGUGAAGUCUGUGAUACGUUACAUAUACAGAAAGAAAACUACACGUAGCACCCGCGCUCCCUGUGCGUGCACGCGUCGUCCUGACGCCAGGGAUGCACGCUCGUUACUCGCACAGAUGGACUUUAGACACACAUACACAAUUCAUGCGUCCGGUCUGCGGUUAUGAAUUUGGUCUACAUGGCGCGCCGUUGCCGAGGAAAAGGUUUGGCUCGAUUCCGUAUGUAUGCUCGAAUAUCUUCUCGAAAAAUUACGUUAGGGCGUGGCCGCAAAAUAUGAUAGAUCCUGCGUAAGAGGCGCCAGUUAGGGUUGAUAUCAGGUCGUUUCGUACAGCACUGGAUAACGAUAUAAAAAGGAAUUAAUUCGACCAUAGAUAGAUACGAAACGCAUCGAAAAUACGCGACCGAGUAACUUGAGGACUUUCUGUGGUACGGUUUAGGUGGCCGAGCACGGAUGGUCGUUCAUCCUGAAUCAGUAAAUCACCGAAUACAAAAUGAUCUCAGUAAGUAGUUCCGAUACAGGGGUUAAUGUAUUAUAGACGCUAAAAAUGAAAUAUAGGAUUUCUGUAUUCGAAUCAGGUGUAUCCGUCCGCGAGACGUUUUCCUCGACAAGCGCGAUGCUGUGUAUGCUACGCUCGUGUUACUGUCAUCCACGUCUCACACUUUCAUGGAUCAUACAUUUGUACCUGUGUAUAUAUAUGUAUAUAUAUGUAUAUGUAUAUAUAUAUAUAUAUACAUGUAGAACAUAUACGUGUAUAUAUAUUUACACGUGUAAAUAUAAAUAAAUAAAUAUGUUUAUUUAUUUAUAUAUAUAUAUAUGUAAAUAUACAUAUGUACACGUGUGUAUACAUUUAUAUAAAUAUGUACGUACGCGCCUCUAUACCUUACGACCUCUCUCAUGCAUAUUUCAUCCCGCGUUGUUUUUUCGUACACGUACAGCGAGAGGAGGACACGCGGCGUCAUUGAUCCUGGUAAGUGUCUCGGUCUUCCACGAUGACGGUUUGCAUUUAAAUUCUCCUCGAAAACGACGUCUAGAAAAUUCGCUGUUAAACGAGGACACACGGAUCGAGAAAUUAUUCGGAAUUAAUGCGUUUGUUCUUUUUUUUUUCUUUCUGUCUUUUUUAUCGUUCCUUUUCGUUUUUGGACGAGACGGUUAAAAUCCCCGUCCAAAUGAAUAUUUAGCGCAACGAGCAAAAGAUGAAUAACCAGUUGUAUAUUAGUAGAUUGUAUACUAGUGAACACUGAAAUGUGUUUUUUUUUUUUGUAUUACAUUAUUGACUUUUCAAAACAGUCGACGAACAUAUUUUUGUAGGUCUCCAACGGAAAUGCAAUUUUUUUUCUGCGAUUUUUAUUGUCACUUUUUUCGAGUACACGCAAGCGAAAUCAGUUUUUAUUUCUAAAUCGAUCUUGACGUACAAAUAUGCUGUCUAAAAAAAAUAUUGUGAUUGGAAAUAACGGUUCUUUUAAUGUAAAAUUAAAGAUACACGUACAGUCAGUCUCGUAAGUACGCGUACCCUGUACGUGUCUAAAUCGAAUGCUGGGUUUGAUGUUCCCAAGUAAAUGUAUCAUUAUAAACAUUUACGUGAAUAAACUUCGCACUGGUAUAUGUCUGUAAUAAAAAAUUUACUCGGAAACGUCAACACCUAUCAUUUAAUUAAGCCAAAUUUCACGAUAAACACGCAGAGUACGAAUACUUACGGGCACGACCAUCGAUAUCUCUCAAGAACAACUGUACUCGAUUCGAUGUUCGAGUAAAAUAUUCGAAUAAAAUUCCGCGUAUCUCCUCCGAUCGCACGAAACGAGGCGAAUCUUCGCGAAAGCGUGUCCUCUCGCUGCGCGUGAUCCGUCGUAUAUUUUCAAGAGUGUGUAUAUAUUUAUCGUUCCGCACGUGCGACUUUGCUCGCAUAAGGUCGUAUCGAUUUCUGUUUUCAUUCUGGUUUCCCGCGAAGCCGAAGGGACGUGCGCGUCCGCGGAGUAGAGAAUUUUAUAAUCGAACGACAAUCGACCGCGGUACACGGUGCCAACGAAGCUCUCGCGUUCCCGUACGUGUCCUCGCGCGUAAAUCAUAAACCCGACAAGAGAUGCCUAAGAACCGCCCGUCCGGUUUCCCCUCACGCGCAACACGCAGAUGAUAUUCCGUGAUUUUAUACUUUAUUACCGACGUUAGUGACGCCCCGUGUACCCGUUUGUUGCAUCGAAACGACACACGUUAGAAUAAAUAAAGCGCGACGCGGUCGCGAGCGUUCCAACGACAGGAAAUUUUUGUUUCCACGCGCUGAACUCUACUGAUACUGGAACGCGCGCUCGCCACAAGAAAGCCGUGCGCGACACGGCUGGAGAAAUAUAGCAUUUCGUAGACACUUUACGCGGAACCUGUUCUCUAAAAGUUCUCUAAAUCGCGUGCACGUCAGUUUCAUGUAUCGUCGUAAUCAAAAGUUACUUCGGCGUUCCACUGUUAUCUGGAAACAUAGAGACAUUAGAGUAGAGGUACCGCAGCUGAGAAGAGAAAGAAAACCACGGUACCCUGUCUGUUUUAUCUACCAGUGCGUGCAUACAAGAGCAUAAUAAUAGAAUAUUUCCUUGCCAACGUUAACUGUUCGAUUCACUCAACUAUUAAUUACUUUACUGUAAUAUUUUAUCGUUGCUAGUGUUGUGUCACAUAUAAAUCGUUAUAAACUCAUAAUAUACAAAGCUAACUCAACAGCGAACAAGCUAACUCAAUAGUCUAACGCGUACGUUAGUAAAGACAGAGAUAAAGAGGGUAUCGCGGUUUCCCCUUUCUUCGUAACGGUAGGACAGUGUUCUACUUACAGGUAGGCCUAUAAAGCGACAUUUCGACACUCGCGUUACUUCGUUUCUAGAAAGGAUACAAUAGACGAAACUGUCCGCCAAUGUGCCCCAUUUUUCGUCAGCCUAGGGCCCGUUCCAGUAUUAAUAUAUUAGGUCCGUCCCAUAAGUUCGUGGCGAAGACUGUGUCGAAAUUCAAUGAAAAACCACAGAAAUUUUCUAGUAACGGUAUAAUGACCAUGUGAGAGAGGUGAGAAACUAUUGUGAAACGAGACAGAUUAUCUUUUCUUGCGACACUUGAGAGUACGUUUAACGUAUUAAUUUGAGGAAUAGAAGUAUAAAUGGCACGAACUUUUAGAACGACCUGAUAGUUUAGUAUUUCCACGUUGGAUGACCGUGCGCGGUACGGAGAUGCCAACAUCGAGGUAUACGUGCAUCGAGCUGAAUUUUUACUUAAUUUUAUCUCUGCCAACGAUUACUUUUCUCCUUAUUUUUCCUCGUUCUAUAUUUCUCUUUAUUUAUAUCGUUACUCGCCAGCGAAACACUACCCGUAAACAUUGCCUCAUUCCCAGCGGCGUAACUAGCAAUCCCAGGGUCCCCGUGCCGAAGUAUCGAGGUUAGGUUAGGAGCAGUAUUCGCGCAUUCGUCCAUUGAAAAGUCGAAAGAAAUAAAUAUACGGCACAGACCCGUUCGCAAUCUCUAAAUCUUACAUAACCGUAGAAAAAUGUAAAAAGAAAGUAACCAACAGCAAAGCAAUGUUUAUAAGGUUGAAUUACAUUUCUUUUACGAUAUAUUUUUACUAAGACGAUCGCCAGGCUUUCCCAUAUUCAUUAUUUAUUCCAGAAUUCACGUUUGUCUAAACGCGAGUUAAAUGAAAUAAUUUGGAAUGAAAUGUUGGUUCUCGAAAUGUUG